ACAGCUGUUCUGCGCUGAUUAGACCAUCACUGAGUAAGAAACUUUGUUCUCGCUGGCUCAAAUCAAUUGGACUCUUAAUUGAUAAGGACAGAAAAUUAGUCAACAACAAAAAUGGCCUUCAGACGCUGCCACCUGAAUCCGAAGAAGACUUUGUUUCUGCUCUGCGACAUACAGGAGAAAUUUCGGCCCAGCAUGCCGCUCUUCGACAAUAUGGUCAAGAACGUAGAUAAGCUGACAAAGGCGGGCAAAGUUUUGGAUGUGCCUUUGGUUGUAACGGAACACUAUCCCGAGAAGCUGGGCAAAACGGUGGCCGAGGUGGAUAUAUCCCAUGCAAAGGCUGUGAUGGGUAAGACCUACUUUAGCAUGAUGACGCCGCAGGUGAAGAGCGUCAUAAAGGACAUCUUUGGCGAGAAGCCACAGGAUGUGGUGCUCUAUGGACUCGAGUCUCACAUAUGCAUAGAGCAAACGGCAAUUGAUCUGCGGGAGCAGGAUAUCAAUGUCUACAUUGUGGCCGAUUGCUGCUGCUCGCGUCUCAAACAGGAUCGUGAUUUGGCCCUGGAGCGCCUGAGACAGGCGGGCUGCAUCAUCACCACCAGCGAGAGCGUUAUCUUUGAUCUGGUUCGCGAUAAGAACAAUCCAAAGUUCGAUAUUGUGCGCAAGCUGGUGAACCCCAUCUCGCAGGACAUGGAGCUGGCACGCAAUCCUGCCAAGCUGUAG